CGCUCGCUUCAUUCGUCAACUGAACGUCUCGCCGUGCACUUCGAUCGUUAGCUGAAUGGUAUUUCUAUAUAGUACAUAUAUAGUUCAUAUAUCAACGUCUGUGUGUGUGUCUGCAUCUGUGCUUUGUGUUCGCAUUGAAUAACUAACUUUUAAUGACGAUUGUUCGUGUUCGUUAGAAAACCAGAAACUAAUUUAGCGCCCAACAUUUAUCGAUCCCUUACCCUUUGUGUGUGAGUGAGUGCAUUACAAUAAAAUAAUAAUAAAUAACAUCUCUAGUCAAAAUGACUAAAAAUAAAAAUCAAAAAAAGAAGGCAUUCGCUGCAAAAAACACCAACAACAACAGUAAUAAUAAUAAUAAUAAUAAUGGUACCGCUACCCCGCCGGACUUCCCAACUCCGCCGCCGACGCCGCCGGCCAACGGCGGUAUCAAGGCACCCGGCACCUACGCCAAUGGAAUGCCUCGCAAACCGCCGGUUCCGUGGGAGCGCGAGUUCGUGGGAUCGUUUCUGCUGGAGAUGGCCACGCGCCAGGUGAUCAGUGCCCAGACGGAGUGGUACGUGGACAAGGCCAAGAUGCGACAGAUGUUUGAGGAGCACUUGCGCGCCCUGCCCAACGCCAGUGAGAUCCGCCAGAAGCUCUCCAUCCAGGGACCUUCGAAUAUUGGUGCUCUGCUGCACAGGACGAACUUUCUAAUCAACACGCCGCGUGGAAACUCCAACUAUCGCAUCAAGAACUUCUCCUUGAUGCACUUUCGCAAGGAUAAGUUCGAUUUGCUGGAUGAGGAGCACCGACGUCGGGAUGCCGCCUCCACGGCCAAUGCGCCCGGAGGAGCUCCUGUUGAGGGCAACAAACCACUCACCGCAGAAUACAAACUUGAUACGAAUGCAACGGCUACGCUGCUGAAAUAUCAAAAGACGCUGCUGCUGUCGCCGCAGAAGGAUUUCGAGCUCAAUUCCCUGGGUUGCUAUAUCUGCCAGGAGAACUUCGAGACAAUUGAGAAGUAUGAGGAGCAUGUGGAGUACCAUGGCGACGAUUCUGAUUUUCAGUCUCUCAAAAAGAUGGAGAAAUUUUCUUCGCCCAUUGUGUCCCUCUCUUACCAGAGCUGCGUGGACAGCCACUACUUUGGAUUCACCCUAAAGACCUACCGCAGGGAUCUUAUAGUCGAGAAGUUCAUCAUAGUGCAGUUGCGCGAGUUUUACUACGUGUAUAGUGCACAAAUGCCGCUGCAGGUGCCUGAGAGCGGGGAAUUAGUGUUCUUCGUGGACUCCCACGUCUUCAUGAUCCUUCGGGAGCAGCCCAUCGUUAUCGGGCUCACCAUCCAGGGAAAGAGAUAUGUGGAGCAGCAUCACUUCAUGCGCACGGAGGCACUGCCCAAGGCUAGCUUCAACAUCAACCCAUAUCGGCUGUCUAGCAAGGAGAUCUUUAAGAGCAAGGGUCUUCCACCAGCCAAUCCACCCACUCAGGUGUUGAGCGCUCUGAAGCACGAGGACGCGCAGAUCCGUUUGGCCGAAUAUGAUAAGCACUAUCAUAACUAUUGCGAGCGGGGUAGGGAGAUUACACAGGAAAAUCUUAGCGGUACACUGCGCACAUUGCUCCAGGUGGAGGACUUCGAACGAUUGCAGCAUUAUCUCUCGCUCAAGCAGUCGAAAGUGGAGCUGCACCAGUUCGGGCGGGAGCUUUCGGUUAAGAUGCGACUGGGUACCACCAGUAUGAGCGUGGAGGACAUCCUCUCCCCUGGCGACGAUGUGUUAAUCAUAAACGAGAAAGGCAGCCCGGAAUCGGGUGUACGCCAGAUGUUGGAAAACAACAAUAAGGUGCUCGAAUUGGCACUCAAGGAUUUUGACUCCAUCUUGCAGUGGGCUCGCAGUGUUGACGAGAAGGUCGGAAAGCUGGAGAAGCAGCCACGAGUCUACUUCGCCCGCAUCCUUGGUGUCUCAACGCACCGGGUGAACAUCACUUGUGAACGCCAGUUACCGGACAACACCACCUACACCCUGAUCUUCCGUCCACUGCGAGCAGUGAUGCGUUAUCAGUAUCGAGCCCUCCAGCAGCUGUCGCUCACCAGUCACAGUGAUGUUCAGCGGAUCCUGUUUCCCGGCGAAAUUCCACCUAUGCCGAUGGCCAGUGGAGAACUUAAGCUAAAUAACAAUUCUAUAUCCAGCAAUCCGGAGCAGAUGCAAGCGGUUCGACAGAUAGCGCUGAGCCAAAGACUUCCAGCUCCCUACAUCGUGUUUGGACCACCGGGAACGGGCAAAACAUCGACCAUCGUCGAGGCCAUCUACCAAUUGUAUGUGAAUCGACCCGAAACGCACAUUCUAGUGCUGGCAGGUUCAAAUACGGCCUGUGACGAGGUGGCACUUCGACUUUUACGGGCUAUCGCCAAAGCACCGAAGAGUCAGCCACGACCGCUAACCCGUAUCUUUUCUGCCAGCUGCGAUCGGCGCAUCGACAAUAUUGACGAUUUGCUUCUGGAGUACUCCAACAUGUACGCUGUGCACUUUUAUCCGGCCGUGCAAGCGGUGCACCAGUAUCGGAUCGUGAUUUGCACACUCAGCUUGGCUGGAAAGCUGUCUACCGGAGGCUUCGGUACAAACAAUGUGUACUCGCAUGUUUUUGUGGAUGAGGCAGCCGCUUCCACGGAGGCGGAAGUUCUGAUGGGCAUCACGUGCACCUUAUCGCCCAUGUCGAAUUUGAUACUGUCCGGGGACCACAAGCAGCUGGGACCAGUGCUCCAAUCGCAGAGGGCGAACGAAUGGGGUCUUGGACUGACUCUUUUCGAGCGACUGCUGCAGAGGAAGUGCUACCAAGUGGACGAGGACGGGAGCUAUAACACGGCUGUGCAGACGCGUCUCAUCCGCAACUUUCGUUCUCACCCGGAGAUAGUAUCGCUGUACAACAAUCUCUACUACGACGGAAAACUUCGGGCUCAUGCAGCGAUGGGAACUGUUUGCCGCUUCCAAAACUGGUUUUACCUGCCCAAUCCGCACUUCCCUAUCAUGUUCCAUUCCGUUUUUGGCACUACGACGAACACGAACAGCUCUUUGAGCCUGUGCAAUAAUAAGGAGAUCGACGUUGUCAUGGAUUACGUGAAAGAUCUCAUGUACUUCGGUCUCAAUGGCGAGAAGUUAUUACAGACGGAUAUUGGUAUCAUAUCGCCGUACAAGAACCAGUACCAACGCAUCCAGGAGCAGUUAAACAUGCGGAACUGGUCGCAAAUAGAUUGCGGAUCUGUUGAGCUAUUCCAGGGCAAGGAGAAGCCUGUGGUCAUCGUGUCCUUUGUACGCUCCUUUACCCCCAAACUUGGAUUUUUGAACAAUGAACGGCGUUUGAACGUUCUGCUUUCGCGUCCGAUAUCACUGCUUAUUCUCAUCGGAAAUCCACGUACGCUAAGCCAAAACAGUGACUUCCGCCAUAUUAUCGAGAUGUGUCGUGAUCGGAAAACCUUGGUUGGGGUGCAAUACCUUAGCGAAGAUUCUAUUCCGACUAAAACUAACGGAGGAGCAGCUGUGGAUUUGCCUGCAUCAGGGCUAGGACAAUCCCUCAAGCGAAAGUGCCACGGAAAGAAUCCAGCCCAGGCCGUAAAGCUGUUCUACUCCAAGAAUGAGCUGCUCAAGUUGGGAAUUGAGUGUAAGCCGAAAAAAUCUGAGCUGGAGGCAUUGUUCGACGAGUUGCCGAAGGUUCCAAGCAGUGUGGACAUUGAUUUGGACGCAGUUCGUUCGCUAGAGGACCAAUUCAAAGAUUUUAAAUUGGAAAACAAACGGGAGGCCGCAGGACCAUCGAUCCCAGUUACUCCUGCUCCACGAGCAGCUGCGCCAUCAGUAAAACCAACAGCAGGAUUAUUGAAUCCGGAUACGCCCACUUUGCGCCCAUCUGCUUCAUCGAGACCACCAAUACCAAAAUCAACUGCAUCAACACCGACUCCGGUGCCAACAUCACGCUAUGCACCGCCGCCAAUCCCUUCAUUGAACACACGCCCGAUUCGCAAUUUAGGAGACCCCCUUUUCAAACGCGAGGAGCGCCAUAUUAACGGAGUGCCUUGGGGCAUUGAAGCGCUGUCUUCGGUACCUAAGACAACCAGGUCUUCGGUUUACAGCCACAUUCCCAGUGGCAAUCUUCGAUUCGAGAACGUGCGUCCCGCGUCCGAAGAGUAUCGUCGUCACGCGGCUUUCACUGAGCAACGCCGUGCUCCGCCAUUUCGCGAGCCACACGGAAACUGGCACGAUUUCGGUUGGGUACCACCACAGCCCGCUCCAGAGCCGCCAAAAAAGGAGAAGAAAUCCUGUAUCAUUUCAUAAUUGUAGCUUCUUUCGGAGCUCAUCACAAUCUAUAGGGGCGGUGCGGUUGCUUGGCCUAACAAGUGAUCUCGCUGUCCUCUUUUUGACUUUGCUAUUGGCAUUUGUGCGAUCUGCGAUCAUCCAUGCGCCAAGUAGCAAAAAAAACCUACCAAAUAGACUCGCACCUGAUGCGCGUCCAUCCGAAGAACCGGCCAAAAGAAUGGUUGACCUCAGCUGCUGAGGUGGCCUCAAUGUUUUGGUCUUCCUUCUUCGGUGGGUCGCAUCAAUUGCGAGUGUAAUUGAUUCGAGCAUAGACAUGGAGCGCUCAAAGUGAACACUUUGGUUGCAUAAGCCCGACGCUUUCGAGUUAUAUUACGGAUUAUAUAAUUAUAUAAUCGUAAUGUAAGCCGCAAGCCUUGUGUGCACUUCUGACUCUAGGUUUGACUUUGAGUGUUAUAAUCAAAAUAGUAUUUACUGAUUAGGGGGACCAGGGUAAACCCAUCCAUAUUUCCCCCACAAAAAUAAACAUGUAAUCCGCCCAGCAUAUUUGUUUUCUGUAACUAUUCCAUAUUGAAGUAAGAAUAUAUGUAUGAGCCCUACGGACUAAAAAAUAUCUUAAUAAUAAAUUCAUAAUUAUCUGAUUAAAAGAAAA